AUGUUUCGGCUCGAGUCCAACGGCGAGCUCGUGCGCACGAACGAGUUCAGCCACUGCCAGGGCACGCGGCUCGGCAUGCGGCCCUUCCCGAUCCAGCCCUACUGCAGCGACAACAACGCGACGGUCAACGCGUCGGCGAGCUGCUUCGACGUCGACGGCACGGAGCGGCCCAACUGCGUCCAGGUCGCCUUCACGCAGACGGCGAUGAUCAUCAACUGCGGCGAGCCCGGCAGCCCGAACAACGAGGACUUUAGCCAGCACCCGCACUGUGGCACGUUCAUCGAGCUCCACCGCGAGAACGGGUCGCCCUACAACCCGGACGAGAGCUUCGUCAUCAACGAGAAGCGCAUCGACACGGCCCUGACGACGGGCUACACGACGACGACCAUCGACCUCGCCUACGGCAUCCAGGUCGGCUCCAUGGUCUACAUCAAGGAGUCGAGCCCCGAGUGUUGCUGCCCGCCGGGCUACAACAACGAGCUCAAGACGGGCACGUUCUUCUGCCCGAAGAACAUGCUCGAGGACACCGCGGGCCCCUACAGCAACCGGCUGUCGACGCUGAACCACUACCUCGCCAAGGACGAGGCCGCGGCCGAGUACCCCUACUGCCCGACGCUCGAGGAGGACCAGGACACGCUCCAGUGCUCCAACUUCACGGACGCCUGGGGCGGCCGGCGCUACUACAACACGGAGUGCCCGAAGAUCGGCGGCAACAACGAGACGGGCUACUACGACAGCCCCUACCUCGUCGGCAAGACCUACGGCGGCAAGUGCUUCUACUGGCCCGGCUGCUCGGCCCACCCCCACCGGACCGGCUCCUACGGCGAGGGCGGCACCGUCGCGGGCGACCUCGCGUACGAGAACGACGGCUGCGCGCACCGCUGCGAGGUCAACGACAUCGCCAACUGCCCGACGAACGACAUGGACACGCACUUCUCCUUCCAGGGCCUCCUCGGGAAGAUCACGUGCAUGCCCACGGACAAGGAGGACUGCGUCAACAUGGCCCUGGACCAGUACGACGAGGACAGCAUCUACUACCUCGUCACGUUCAACGACAACCGCACGAACUACGCGUUCCGCUCCACGGACCUCGAGCUCCACCAGCCCCGCCACAACUACCAGCUCUGGUGGGUCCAGCGCACGCGCUACAACUUCAUCGUCCAGAAGAAGAAGGCCAUCCGCGUCACGGAGCCCACGUGCACCUUCGACUCCAUCAACGACCGCUACUUCCCCUACACGAUCAUCCGACCCGACGGGUCCUACAUCGAUACGUUGAUACUUGAAGAUCCCCUUGAUUUUCUUCACCUUUACUGCGAGUUUCGAUGGAUGAUGGUGGACGCUUUUGAACUGUGGUUCUUGCUGCUCCCGGCGGUCGCCCGCGCGGGCCAGUACGGCUUCAUCCAGGACGGCUCGACCUGCGGUACGGUCGUCACCUACACGUCGGGCUGGUAUAACGUCUGCGACGACGGCUGGGACAUCGUCGACGCCCACGUCUUUUGCCGCGACGCCUACGGCGGCGUGGGCUACGCCAGCCCCUCCGGGUCCUGGAACUGGUACGCGAACGAUACGACGGUGCAGCUCACCGAUGGCGCUUACGGCGUGGGCUACGACGACCUCGCGUGCUCGGGGAGCGAGGCGUACCUCUACCA